CAUUGAUAGCGUUAAUAAGAAAAACAUGAGAUUUCCAGAAGUUAUUUAUUCGAGUGUGGGCUGCUUUUACCUUGUAUACAUUUUAUACUUUUUAGAACAGAAGCAGACCGCCUUUCUAAAUGUCUUAUUUUCUAGAAAAUCUCAAGUAGCCGAUAUAUUUAUAUAUUCGUAAUAUUUGUAGAUAUUUCCUGCAAAAAAAACUUUUUUUCUAGCAGGGUAUGUUAGACUUAGAGGGAGGAUGGAACAUUUCCUUUGCUGGCUGUGGCUUUUUGGGCGUCUACCACAUCGGGGUGGCCGGUUGUUUGCUGGAGCGAGCCCCGUAUCUGGUUGAAGGCGCCACGAAGAUAUACGGGGCUUCGGCUGGUUCCUUGACUGCCUCCGUACUUGCCACGCGUGCCUCAUUAGAAAGGUGCUGUGAAGAUGUGCUCAUUCUGGCCAGGGAGGCACGUAAGCGUAGCCUGGGACCCCUCCACCCCAGCUUCAAGUGCUCGAAGGUCAUCAGGGCGGGGCUCGAGCGAGACAUGCCAGCCGAUGCCCACCGCCACGCCUCCGGGCGCCUCUGCGUGUCCCUCACGCGGGUGUCUGAUGGGGAGAACGUGCUGGUGUCCCAGUUUGACACCAGGGAGGAGCUCAUCCAGGCUUUACUCUGCAGCUGCUUCGUUCCCAUGUACUGUGGUCUGAUCCCGCCAUCUUUCCGUGGAAUGCGUUACGUGGACGGAGGCAUGAGCGACAACUUGCCCCUGUAUGCACUGAAGAACACCAUCACUGUGUCCCCGUUCGCCGGCGAGAGCGACAUCUGCCCUAAGGACAGCUCCAUAAGCUUCCACGAGUUGCGCAUCACCAACACCAGCAUCCAGAUGAAUGUGGAUAACGUGUACCGGCUUAGCAGAGCUCUCUUCCCACCGGAGCCCAAGGUGCUGGCUGAGAUGUGCCAGAGUGGGUAUAAGGACACACUUCGCUUCCUUAAACAGAACAACCUCCUGAGGCUGGACUGCCCGUCCGCUGGCCUCUCCGUGGAAGACGGCCAGUGCCUUGCACCCGCCUGCCAUUGUUUCUCCGUGGCAAAGAGCAGCCCGUCGUUGCACGGGAAGCCUGUCACCACAGAGGGCGCCCGGGCAUGGGUGCUGCGGAGACUGCGUCGCAUGCGGAGGCAGCACUGGUGUCGCGACGAGCAGAUCGUCGAUUGCCUGCCGCCCUCUCUAAAGCAGGUUUUCCUCGAGGCCUGCAUGGAAAAGCAUGGUCUGUAUGCCCAGGUGACGGACAUGCUGCCUGUGCGCGUCGCCUCCUACAUCCUGCUGCCCUGCACCCUCCCCGUGGAAUCAGCCUACUCUGUUAUCCAGAGGUUUCUGGAGUGGAUGCCAGAGGUGCCCGAGGACCUGAACUGGUUGUGUGGUGUGGCCAAAACUGCGUACCAGCAACUGUGGAAGGGAAGCAAGGCCUCGCUGCAGAUGUGUGUGGACGUGCCCAGAUCCCUAAACCUCGCCCUGUUCACACCCGAAGUCUACUACCAGCUCUCCACCAGCAACCUCCACCGCUACCAUUUGGACCCUCUCAGCGUCUUGACCCAAGCACUCACCCCUUAAGGAGAAGCUCUCUGUCUGCAUCCUAAGCCAGGAAUUGCACAAUGGCAUGCCCCAGACUGUAACCUUUGACCUCUGACCUCUGUUGCUUUUACUACCAGUAGAGCACAGAACUCUGCAGUUUCAUCUUGUUAGCGGACUCAGAGCAAACUUGGGCCUCAAGUUUCUUAAUGGAUUGUCUUGUGACGUGACUCCACUAACUGGGCCAUGUUGGAAGUGUCUGUGCUGCAUUGGUAUCCUCUGUAGGGCACUUUGCCUCUUUAUUUACCUCAGUAAGCAGGUUUGUCAUCAUUAAAAUAAUUUGUGGAGCACCCUGCCAGAACACAGCCAGGAGGACCUCACACCGUAUCUCUUACCAGCAAGAAAUCAUAAAUUGCAUCAUUUCCUGUGUAUGCUUAACAAUUCUGUACCUAUACCAGUGCAUAUACUGAUUAUUCUUAUUGCCAAAUUGGGCAAUAAUAGAAAUUUGCACACCUUAACUAUUGGUUCCAUGUUCACCAUCUUCAGUCAGGGUGAGGGUUUUCUGUCCUAUGUAGCAUAGGAAAGUAGAAAUAAAUUUCAAGUAAUUAACUUAAUGACUGAUACUUUAUUGAUCCCUGUGGGGAAAUUCUCUUUACGGCUCCCCUGACUUCCUCUCUGUAGAUGAGAGUAAGCAGGCUGUGAAGGGCAGCCGCCCAUAGCGGCACCUAGGCUGCUGGGGGGCGGGGGCUCUGGACCCCCAUGACCCUGCAUAGGACAAGCAUGUAUAGAAUGGAUGGAUGUGUGGUAACAUAGGUUUUAAUUGCAUAUGUAUAAGAGCGCUUACUGUUUUUUGAAAUGGGCGUCAGCCAAGUUAGAAUUAAAAUUCACAGUUUUUUUGUUGCUGUAUGGGUAGGGAUACCUUUUUAGUCUAGCUGGAGAAAAAGCCUAAUUUUCCUUGUAUUUCUUAUGGUGCUAUAAAGGCAUUUUGCCAAAGAUGUGUGAUAAUAUCACUGUGAUUACAAACCUUCACAUUUGUGUUUUUUUUCUUCUUCAGAAAACCUUUUGGUGGGAAAAAUAAUGUUAGUUGCCCGAGGUGCACACUGCCUGACACGUGUGACAUUCCGUUAGUGGGGCUCAGUGUUACAGAGAUCCGCCGGGGAGCAUCUGUGGUCAGUGCCGGCCCUAGUCCAUCUUGUGCUUGCCAGGAGCCGCCCAUGUGUGCAUUUACGAUGUUAAUUUCGAUUUCCCUCAUCCUGCGGAGAAAUUCCACGUCAAUUUUAAUAGCACAUUUUCUAUUUGGUCUAUAUAAGCGUGUAAUUUUACGUUUAGGUGUUUCGCGGUUUCAGCUAAUUUUAUUCUGUACCUUCUCCAAGUGAGGAUUUUAAGCAAUUUUAAGGAUAUUCAUGAUUCUUAGAGCGAGGAUAUUGCUGCAAUGUUAAUUGGCUGCUUGAUCAACCUUACCUAGUGACAGCAAUUAUUACACAUAUUUAUGCGUUUGAAAUGCAUUAAAUAUGUGACUGCUGUUUUUAUAUUUGAAUGCUAUAUUGAUGAAAAAUGACAUUACUGAAAAAAUGCAUCUGCAUUAAAAUCAAUUAUCGUU